AUGCAAGCUUCAGAAAUCUUCAGCACUUCCACAACCUCCUCCUACUUCAACGACCACUGCAUAUCAAUCCCCGAUGACCACGGUAAAGAAGAUGCUACAGAGGGCGCUCCUGUCAACAGCACGGUCCUGGAACCUCCUAAGUCUACCGAACGCCAUCUAACGUCCAUGAAAUCGUGCCCAGUGAUAGAAUAUAACACAUCGAUAUUUACGUCGACUGUUAUUUCAGAAUGGCACCUGGUGUGUGAGAACAAGCACUUGCAGCCGCUCUUCCAGGUGAUGUACAAUAUCGGAGGGAUCUUCGGAAGCUUUGCAGGAGGACACGUUGGCGAUAAAUGGGGUCGGCGUCGAUCUCUGCAGAUUGGAAUCGUGUCUUACAUCUUGGUAGUCAUAGCCAUGGCUUUUACAUCCUCCUUCCCGUUCUUAUUAAUUCUGCGAGUUCUGACCGGCGUGACUGGCCAGAGUAUGUUAAUACCUGCCUGGAGUCAAGCACUUGAGUCAACACCCUCCCGCCACCGCAGUCUCGUCGGCAUGUUACUCGGCUUCCCCUAUUCCCUGUUUGUCAUCGUGUUCUCGGGCGUUGGCUAUCUCAUCCGCUCUUGGCGAUACCUCAUGCUGGUGUGCUGUGCGCCGUCUCUCGCGCUCCUGCCGCUGUCUUUCUUAAUGGAUGAGUCAGCAAGGUGGCUAGUUCAGCAAGGAAGGCAAGACGAUGCCAUGAAGGUGUUAAAGAGAGCUGUAAAAUUGAACAAGGCCAGCCUCACUUCGUCUCUUGAAUCCACUAUUGCAAAAAUAAACCAGGCCUCCGACCCCAAGCCUGAGGGAGACACCGCGUUUUCAGUAAGAGAAUCCCUCCGGCAGGCCAUGGCGUACCUGCGUUCCCCCAUCAUGAGAACGAUUAUCCUCGUCACGCCCCUCCUGUGGUUCCUUCAGAGCUGCCUGUACCUCGCCGUCGCCAUCAACGCCAACAACUUCAACAGUUCGAAUCCUUUCCUCUACGUCUGCCUGAGCGGGGUGAUGGACGGGUCAGCCAUCUUGCUAAUGACUCCUCUCACCACGUUCCUGGGUAGGCGCAUUAUUGUGGGCGUGGGACUCUUCGUGGGCGGCAUCUUCUUCCUGCUCGAUCUUGUCGUAAUACUUCUGGCUCAAGAUGACACUGGUUAUGAUCGGAUUCUUCCUCGUGGCUGGUUCGUUCCAGGUGAGUUCACGGGAUCCAUAUAUUCCGAAACUUUAAUGAAGAAAUAUAAUGGUAACAGAUUUUUGUACAAGAACAAGCCAGCAUAUGAUAACUUCGAUGUGGUGAUACCAACCUCCACCAUGAACUACGUCUACGGCCCCGAACUGUUCCCGACCGAAGCCAGGUCGCGUGGCUUUGCCUUCGUCAGCCUCAUGGGUGGCAUCGGGUUCAUGUGUUCACCGGUCAUCACGUACAACUUGGCUAAACUCGCAUGGUGGGCAGCCCCAGUUACCUUCGGCUGCUCUGCCAUACUGGGAAGCUUCACUCUGCCUCUACUGCCCGAGACCAGGAACCAGCCUAUGCCCGACACGCUGAAGGACGUGGAAGAAAAAUUACAUAAUUCUCAACAGAUAAGCUAUGGCAGUCACAUUGUCCUAUAUUUUAUUCAAGAGACCAUAACUUCAGGAUACGACACAAUAGGUCAGGUAAAGUAG